AUGAACCUAUAUCAUACCCUGAGCUCAAUCCAGUGUUACAUGAAACCUCCUUGGUCUAAUAUCCUUAGACUUUAUACGCCCACAAAACAUUCUCCCAGUGCCAGCAUCUCCUUGGGAAGGAAGGGCCAACGAGGCUGUAUUUGCAGAUGUUGGACUCAACUGUUGUGGGAAGGAACUGCCACAGUUGGGGUUAAAAACAACAACAACAACUGUAAUCAGGUAAUGUUCUGGAAACAGGCAGGGCAGACACAGGGUACCCACAGGAAACAGAAAGCAACAAGUCCCAUCUUCUAUCCUAGCCUCGCAGUCUUCCUCUAG